AUGGCUACACCAAUGAUGUCGUCUUCGCUACCGUAUCACCAACCUAUGUCACUUGAAGAAGUCCGGACCCUUUGGAUUGGGGAUUUGCCCUACUGGGCCGACGAGUCCUACCUUCACAGCUGGUUCGCUCAUACAGGCGAGGUGCUUUCAAUAAAGGUAAUUCGUAACAAGAUCACUGGCCAACCAGAAGGUUAUGGGUUUGUGGAAUUUACUUCACAUGCAACAGCUGAAAGGAUUCUGCAGUCAUAUAAUGGAACACAAAUUCAUGGAACUGAAGUGACUUUUAGGUUGAAUUGGGCAUCUUUUGGGAUCGGAGAAAGACGUCCUGAUGCUGGGCCAGAGCAUUCUAUUUUUGUAGGGGAUUUAGCUCCUGAUGUUACAGACUAUUUGUUGCAAGAGACCUUCCGAGCUCAAUAUCCAUCGGUUAGAGGAGCCAAGGUUGUGACUGAUCCAAGUACUGGACGCUCCAAGGGUUAUGGCUUUGUUAAAUUUGCUGAUGAGAUGGAGCGGAACCGUGCUAUGACUGAAAUGAAUGGUAUGUAUUGCUCAACUAGGCCGAUGCGUAUUAGUGCAGCAACACCGAAGAAGACUGCUGGUUUCCAGCAGCAAUAUGCAACGGCUAAAGCAUUGUAUCCAGCUCCACUUUACGCUCCAGCUCCAGUGAUGCCGACAACUCCUGUAGAUAAUGAUAUAAAUAACACCACAAUUUUUAUUGGUAAUUUGGACCCUAAUGUUACUGAAGAGGAGUUGAAGCAUAUGUUUUCACAGUUUGGGGAAAUUGUCUAUGUCAAGAUCCCGGCAGCUAGGGGAUGUGGUUUUGUGCAGUUUGUAGCCAGGACAUCUGCUGAAGAAGCGAUCCAAAGGAUGCAUGGAACUCAGAUUGGUCAACAAGUAGUACGCCUUUCUUGGGGCCGGAGUCCAACAGCUAAACAGGACCUACCUGGUAUUUGGGGUCAGCAGGCAGAUCCAACUCAAUGGAGCAGUGCAUAUUAUGGUUAUGGUCCUUAUGGACAGGGUUAUGAUGCCUAUGCUUAUGGAGCAACUCAAGAUCCUUCUUUAUAUCCUUAUGGUGCAUACCCUGGUUACAUACAGUAUCCUCAACAGGCAAGAUACUCUAUUAUAAUCUUGUGA